GCUUAUAAAAUAUACGAAUAACAUCAAGAUAUUACUUACCAUGUUGUGUAUGCUCUCAUCCUGCAACGAUCCGGUAACGGCUGCUACCCGAUCUAUCGAUCAAAAUGCUUCUACUCUUUACUAUGAAAACAAGCCGCCGAAUAAAAAUGGCGAAUAUUACUUUGAAUUCCAAACGACAAACGGUAUUACAACUAAAUCAGGUGGCAAUCAAUAUGGCUCGAGUGGCGUUAAUCAAUACAUAUCCCUGGAAGGUAUACCGAUCACUUUAACCUAUGUAGCCGAUAGUAAUGGUUAUCAUCCAACUGGCGAUCAUAUACCAAAAGUACCCGAUUACGUGAUAAAAGCCUUAGAAUAUAUAGCAACGCAUGCCCCGGUGGAGGAGAGCUAUUCCGAUAGCAGACGAUGA